AUGUCCCAACCUCUCGACCUUGGUGGGGCGUCCAUAGGGUCACUCGUAAGCGACGAGACGGAAGGAGAUGAGGACGACGGGAAAAGUUGGAGGUCUUCAAGCUCCUUCGAGAGCAGUCAGAUAGAACUGGGGAUUUCGCCUGAGCAACUCCGUGGAUUUCAAGAUGACAAUAUAUUUGCCAAGGAAGGCUCCGGCAAGGAAUGGGUUACCAUCGACCGUUCUGAGGAGGCUGCUGCUCAGAAACAAGACAAACUCAAGCGUCGUGGAAGCUACGAAUUCGCUGGAAUAUUGAAAAGGUCCCGAUCGCAAUCACUAUCUCUUGACUGGGACCUUGAGAUCGGUGCUUAUAUCCCUGCAAUUAAUGAUGACCCAGGACCUGAGUUGCCAAAUAGCAGUGCGGAUAGUGCGUCUGAAGUUGAUUGGGAAUCUUUUCUUUGUGAGGAUGAGAUGUUGCCUGCUUCGAAUUGGGAAGAAGAGUUUCCGAAAUACAAGGCAAGGAUGAUGGACCACUACGGUUACAAAGGAAUUUUCGAGGACGAGCAGCAGCAUGGGCCGAAGGAAUGCGAAGAUGAGCCUUGGCACCCCUACAACCCCGAGAAUUUUAAGGACGCUGAAAUGGAGGGGAUGACAUUCACAAGCCAACUUGAGGAUCAAAUUGAGAUCUGCUACGGCAUGAUCCAAAAAGUCCGAGUGAAAGUGCUUCCACAGGCGGUCCGGCUCUUGAAUCGCGUCCGAAUAACUCAGAUUGUCACGCAAACGCUAGAGAUACAAGAUGUCUAUAUCUUCAUAGUUUUUUCUGAAGGAGACAACCAAAAAUUUUUCUUGCAACCUCCAAGAAAAAUGGAUGAAGAAGGACAGUUAUUUAAUAACGUGGCAGUGAUAAAUCGAGAAUCCAGCACCGUCCUCUCGCGGAUUGCAAUGUUUUGCACCUUCGAGGCGUCUUGUUUAAUCGACCCUUGGACCCCAAUUUCCAGUGGAACAACCACAAUCGACAAGGACACCUGUAUUCUUGUUGAUAUUAUUAUCUAUGGGCAUCCGAAGCACUGUGAUGAGGUCGGCGAUAUUCUUAGUGCAAGGAAGACGUAUUUGCAAGAGCCAGAUUACCGAAAAACUUUAUGUGGUUACAAAAACCCACAUUUCUUGGAUUUGAACUCCAAUCACCCUGUCGCGGACAUGGACCGUGAUCCAUUGAGAAUCUCACUGCUACAAACUGAACUUGGCUUGCAGCAGCAAGAAGCUUCGAAUGCAAAAGCCUUGACUCAGUCACUUUUGAAACAAAAGCUUGUGGCUGUGUUCAAGACCAUGACACGCUCUCAAAACCUCAAGAGAGUAACAGCGGACACCAAUAGAGUUCAUACGGAUUUAAAACCGUAUCAAGAAGAGGCAUUAGAUUUCAUCCGUCAACGCGAGUAUGGCCCUGUUUCCGAAGAAUAUUGUCUUUGGAAACACAAAAGUCAGAAUUCAUAUAUACAUUCCAUCACAGGCUUUGAGAGGAAAGAAAUUCCUAAAGAGACAGGCGGUGGUAUUCUUGCUGAUGAGAUGGGGUUGGGCAAAACCUUGACGAUUCUCUCGGCUAUUAUCAGAACAACAAAUGAGGCCAAAUCAUUCGCAUGCGGCGUGCUAGACGGUACACUUCUCACUGUGGAGAACACAUUGAUUCCUUCUAGAGCUACCCUCGUGGUUGUACCUUCUCCUUUAUUGCUUAACGAGUGGCUGCAAGAGAUCAAGCUGCACUGCACGGGCUUCUCGAAGCCUAUCAUCUACCAUAGCCAUGGUCGAGAGGGGAAUCCAAGGGUGCUUGCAGAUUCUGAUAUCGUUCUGAGUACCUACCAUACUAUUGCUGCCGAGUCGACGGAUAUCACCAGUCCUCUCUGCAAAAUUAAUUGGUUUCGAAUCGUGCUCGACGAAGCACACAUUAUCCGAGGCAUGACCACGAAACUCUUCAAAUCAAUCAAAAGGCUUCGGUCGAAUUUUCGAUGGUGUCUGACAGGAACACCUAUUCAAAAUAGCUUGGAGGAUCUCGCGGCUCUCGUCAACUUCAUACAAUCAUCGCCCCUCGAUGAUUUCCACGUCUUCAAGAAGCACAUCAUCUCCCCACUAAUGAAGGGGUCCGAGAAAGGUGUAGAUAACCUCCGUCAACUCUUGGACUGUGUUUGUCUGCGUCGAACCAAGCAGCUUCUCAACUUGCCCCAAAUCAUCUCCGAAUCUCGAUUGCUGAACUUUUCCCCUCGAGAGAAGAGGCAGUAUAUUGAUACUCGAGACAAGUUAGUGAAAAUGAUCAACCAGAAUAGGUUACAACAGCAAAACAAGGGUUGUCUUGGCGUCUUCCAACUGCAGUUGCAGCUCCGGCGUUUGUGCAAUCACGGCACAUUUCAGAGAUCAUCUCUUGGGGUUAAAGACUUUGACCCCGAACAAGCAAUAGCGCACCUGAGGAAGCAGAAGCAGGCUAAGUGUGAGGUUUGUGGCAUACAUGUGACAGGGAUUCAUGGUAUCGAAGAGCAGCGUAGUGGUAGUUUCACCACGUGCGGACAUCUACUUUGCUCGAAAUGCAUCCCAACGAUGAAGGAGGCGCUGCAGAAAAUCGAUGGUCGGGAUGGCUGUCUGAAGUGCUCGUUAUGCCCGGAGACUAUUUUUGGAGAGUACCUCGUGACCGAGGAGGCAUCAUCCAAACCAUCUAAAUACGGAAACAAGAAUCUCUCUGCCUGGCAGUAUUUCGAUAAGGCCGGCUGCUCCACUAAGAUCUCUGUAGUAGUCGUAGAUAUCGAUAUUGUCUUCUCCUGCUGGACACGAUCACUAGAUCUCAUUGGAAUCUUCUUCUCAUCUCGCAACAUUGCUUUUGUGCGGAUAGAUGGCUCUCACACGCUCGUACAGCGUAAGUGGAUCCUGGAGGUCUUCCAGAAAGACUCGGAAAUCAAAAUCUUGCUCAUGACUACGGGGACAGGCGCUGUUGGGCUCAAUUUGACAGUGGCAAAUUGUGUUUAUAUCCUGGAACCGCAGUGGAACCCAAUGGUUGAGAGUCAAGCUAUUGCGCGAGUCAAUCGUAUGGGCCAAACGAGGGAUGUUAGAGUGGUGCGGUAUAUCAUGGAGGGUACGGUUGAAGAGCUGGAAUUGCAGACACAGCAGACACGGAAGCUUGAAUAUGCGAAGCUUGGUUGGAAAGAGGAUGAUUGUUAG